GGCAGCACACUGCCAUCUGAAUGUUCAAUGUUCCUAACUUGCCUAAAGUGUAGAUGAAGAAUGUACUGCCAAAUAAUCCUUCUGUUUACUUCUUUCCUCAGGUCACCUGUGGUGAGAGCCAGGAAGAGAACUUGUGUAGAGCCCUGGGUUAUCGGCCUCAUCUCUUUUUUAUCCCUGAUUGUCCUUGCUGUGUGUAUUGGACUCACCGUUCACUAUGUCAGAUACAAUCAAAGGAGGACCUACCAUUACUACAGCACAUUGCCAUUCACAAGUGACAAGCUGUAUUCUGAAUUUGGAAGAGAGGCUUCUAAAAAUUUCACAGAAAUGAGCCAGAGAAUUGAAACUAUGGUGAAAAAUGCAUUUUAUAAAUCUCCACUGAGGGGACAACUUGUCAAGGCUCACAUCAUUAAGUUCAGUAAAGAAUACGAUGGAGUGUCGGCUCACAUGCUACUGAUUUUUCGAAUUCGCUUGACUGAGGAUCCUGAAGCUGUGCAUCAAAUUGUUGAACAUGUUCUGCAUGAAAAGCUGAAAUAUGUUCCAGGACCCCCCACUGUCGAUCCUGAAUCAGUUGAAAUUAAAAAAAUCAACAAGACAGAAACAGACAACUAUCUCAACCAUUGUUGUGGGACGCGGCGGAAUAAAUCUACAGCCCAGACUAGUCUCAGGAUUGUUGGAGGGACACAAGCAGAAGAGGGGGAAUGGCCGUGGCAGAGUAGCCUGCAGUGGGAUGGGUCCCACCGCUGCGGAGCGGCUUUGAUCAAUAACACAUGGCUCGUGAGUGCUGCUCACUGCUUUCGAACGCACAAGGACCCAUCCAGAUGGACUGCUUCCUUUGGGUCAACAAUACAACCUCCAAAACUGAAGACAGGCCUCCGGAGGAUAAUUGUUCAUGAAAAAUACAGCUACCCAUCGCAUGACUAUGACAUUGCUCUGGCACAGCUUUCUAGGCCGGUCCCCUGCACAAAUGCAGUGCACAAGGUUUGUCUCCCCGAUGCAAACCAUGAAUUCCAUUCGGGGCAGAAGAUGUUUGUGACAGGAUUCGGAGCAUUGCAAAAUGAUGGAUUUACCCAGACUCACCUCCGGCAAGUGCAGGUGGACUACAUAGACACUCAAACCUGCAAUCAACCUCAAGCAUACAAUGGCGCCAUCACUCCUAGGAUGCUGUGUGCUGGCUUCUUAAGAGGAGGGAAAGAUGCAUGCCAGGGUGACUCUGGAGGACCACUGGUUGCUCCAGAUGUUAGAGAUAUCUGGUACCUUGCUGGAAUAGUGAGCUGGGGAGAUGAAUGUGCCCAACCAAAUAAGCCUGGUGUUUAUACCAGAGUGACUGCCUUUCGGGACUGGAUUGCAUCAAACACUGGUCUCUAAAGCAGAAGGACCCAGUGGGAUGAAAUGGAUGUAUUAGUCCGUAGGCUGUUCUUAGAGACACACAGCUGCAAAGGAAUCUUUAUAAAUCAGGAGGACCCGAACUACCACACUGAACAAUCCGAAGUGUACAUUUCCUUCCUAGCUUAGUUCUUUACAUGAGCAUCUUGCUUCUUUCAGAGGGACUCUGCCAACCUGCAGUCUUUUAUUUUCUACAAGUUUUCUGUCGCCAAAAUUUUGACUUGCUGAUCCAAAGUGCUCAUGCACACUUACAAUGUGAAGCAAGCCUUUCCUUUAUCUCACCAGCUUCUCUCAUAUUAGUGAAUUUCUACUUUUCAAGUGCAAGAUGAGGAAUGACAUAAAGUGGGAAAUGAAAAGGAACUAUAUUUUUAAUGUACAGAAAAACAUUAGGGAUUUUUAAAAAUAGAAUGUGAGAAGUGAUCACAUUCGUUACAAAAGAUCAGCAAGCAUGGGCAGCCACAGACUUGUCAAAAUUUCAUGUUGGAGAAGAAGUUGAAGAAAUGGAGAAACUAAUAUAUAGCUAAAUUUUCUUCCUACAUGACUAACAAGAGCAACAUGAAAAUGAUUGUUUCCUGUGGCUACAAUAAUCACGCAAACGCUUUAUAAUGUACUUGUUAUGAACAAAUCAAAGAAAAUAAUAUUUAUUUGCAACUGACAUGCAGAGGAUGUCAACAUACAAUCAAGAAUGAAAUAAAUCACUGACUUGCUUGACAUUGCAACAUGAAAACUAAUGAAGGAAUGAAGGAUGAGGAAAAGCUUACUAAUAAAAUUACUGGAAAUUC